UCAGAGUAACAAAAUCAUAACUCGUUGAAGGCUGCAGAAAGUACACAACACCUUUUUUCCUGAAGCACUGGGAUUCAUUUAUUAAGAGAAUGCUCUGUCUUCUGUAUGUGUUGCUAUAUUUGACAGGCAUUAAAGCAGGCUCUCACUCACUGAUGGCUUUUACAACAUAUAUAGUUGGACUAACGCCAUUUCCAGAGUUCAGUGCUAUAGUGAUGCUGGAUGAUGUGCAAAUUAUGUAUUAUGACUCAGUCAAUUGGAGAGCUGUCCAUAGUAUUCAGGGUGACUCAAAGUACUAUGAUGAAGAAAAAAGUGAUGCUAGUGUUAUUUUUCAUGAUUUGUAUAAGUGCAUGAAAAGUAGGACAUUUUAUCUAAUGGAUACCCUUAAUUACACAGAUGGUGUACAUGUUUAUCAGAGACUUGUAGGAUGUGAAUUGUUGAACAACGAUCAACCAGGUCUACUUUACACAUGGGAAGCUUUCAAUGGAAAAAUGAAAGAAGAGGGUAUCUUCGACAUGGAAAAAAAAGAAUUCCAGAUGAAAUUGCCAUGGAUGAAAGCUUGGGACCAGCUCAGAUGGCUACGUUUGAAGUUAAUGUUUGAAAAUAUUUAUCAUCCUGUUUGCAUUAAAAUUUUGCAGCGGUACCUAUCCUUGAAAAAGAACAAUGUGAUGCGAAAAGUUAAACCCAAAGUCAGAUUUCUAAAGAAGACACUUACAGAGUCUGAUAGGGUCCAGAUCACCUGCUUGGCAACUGGUUUUUACCCUCGUCACAUUAACUUGACCCUGUUCAGAGAUGGUCAACCUGUGGAGGAUGAAGUAAUCACAGGAGGACAGGUUCUGCCCAAUGGAGAUGGAACUUAUCAGAUGAGGAAGAGCUUGGUGAUCAGUGUGGAGGAACUACGACAGGGACAUAACUACAAUUGCACAAUGAAUUACCUCAGCCUAAACAACAAAUUGGAUAUUAAGUUUGAUGUAGAAGAAUCUUACCCGGGAUCAUCCACUCUGUCUAUUGUUAUCAGUGUGGUGAUGUUAUUGCUUUUGGCUGUUCUCAUCAUAAUUACACUCACCAAAUGCAGAAAGAGGCGAGCUGCUGGCUCAAGAACAUCACUUCAGAGUGAUUACUCUCCUACUACAACAACAGCACAAGAUGCAACUUAAAAAAAUUAUUUAAACCAAGCGGUAAAAAGACACUGAAUUCUAUGAAAAAUUAUGUCUAGUGAAAUAAACAUGCAACACAGCACUGUAGCUGGUCUUUAAUUUCAAAAUAAUAAUAAUAAUAAUAAUAAUAAUUAUAAAGGUGCAAAAUGUGCAAUUAAUAGUGUUUUAAGAGCAAAUAAAAACAGUCUAAAAACUGGAACUGUGGGUACUAAAAGCAGUACCGACUAAACAAUGGAGGCUAGAGUCCAUUGCACUCAAGCAGCGCAACCUUGCUCCAACAGGCUCCAAACACAA